CAGGGCCCCUUGCGUUGUGUCUCCUCCACCUCGUCGUCCUUCCCAACGAUACAUGCAAUUCCCACCACCAGAAUCCGCUCUUCCACCCAGAUCUGCCCAAGAAGAAGGCUGACAAGGGAGAUGACGGGCAAGGAUGCCGGCGGCGGCGGGGGGAAGGGCCGUCUGUUCACGGUGGGGCUGGUGUCGGCGUGGUACUCCUCCAACAUCGGUGUCCUGCUGCUCAACAAGUACCUGCUCAGCAACUACGGCUUCAAGUACCCCAUCUUCCUCACCAUGUGCCACAUGGCCGCCUGCUCCCUCUUCUCCUACGCCGCCAUCGCAUGGCUCCGCAUCGUCCCCAUGCAGCUCCCGCGCUCCCGCCUCCAGCUCUCCAAGAUCGCCGCCCUCAGCCUCGUCUUCUGCGCAUCCGUCGUCUCCGGCAACAUCUCCCUCCGAUACCUCCCCGUCUCCUUCAACCAGGCCGUCGGCGCUACCACCCCAUUCUUCACCGCCGUCUUCGCAUACCUCAUGACCGUCAAGCGCGAGUCAUUCCUCACCUACCUCGCGCUCGUACCCGUCGUCACGGGAGUCAUCAUCGCCAGCGGCGGAGAGCCGAGCUUCCAUCUGUUCGGAUUCAUCAUGUGCGUCGGAGCAACUGCUGCCAGAGCAUUGAAGACAGUUUUACAAGGGAUUCUUAUGUCUUCAGAGGGGGAGAAGAUUAAUUCCAUGAACCUGCUCAUGUACAUGGCUCCAAUUGCUGUUGUUCUCUUGGUCCCUGCUACUAUCUUCAUGGAAGAUAAUGCCGUUGCCGUUGCUAUGGAACUGGCCAAAAAGGACUUUAACAUAAUUUGGUACUUGUUGUUCAACUCAUCCUUGGCGUACUUUGUGAAUCUUACCAAUUUCUUGGUGACAAAGCACACUAGCGCGUUGACCCUACAGGUACUGGGCAACGCAAAAGGUGCCGUUGCAGUUGUGAUCUCCAUUCUGAUAUUCAGGAACCCUGUAUCUGUAACUGGAAUGCUUGGUUACACACUGACUGUCAUAGGGGUGGUUCUCUACAGCGAAGCUAAAAAGCGCACGAAGCAAUGAACACAAUCUCUCUCUUGUCAGCUAGGACGAACCCUAAUCUUUUCAGCGAUGAGCUAGCUAGUGAGGCCGUGCUAAUAAUACUUGUAUCCUUCCUUCCUGUGGGAUCAGGGAGGCAUUCUUUUCUACGCUAAAAACGAAGGAGAUGAUCAACAGAAAUAUAGCAGUGAUUAAUUCUUUUAUAGGUGGAAACAGCAGUUUUCUGCUUUUCAAUUGGUUGUCGUAACUUGUUCAGUUUUGCUAUCGUCUCAAGAGUGAUGUGUCGUUUGUGUACCUGUACCAAUCUUUAGCCUCAGGACUGUCCUGACAGACAUAACCAGUGUAUUGGCUGUCACAGGCUGAUGACAUGCAGUUACUUUUUGUCUUAA